AUGGCUGCAAAGCAGAGGGAAAGAAAACCAAAUUUUACAAGCUCUGAGAGCAACUUGAUUCGUAGCAGGGCUACAGAGAUGCUGGACACCAUCAGAGGCAGGCACUCUAAUGAUCUUUCUAAUACCAUGAAGCAGGACUUCUGGAAAUGUUUAACAGAAGAAGUGAAUGCCCUGGGGGUAGCCUUCAGGUCAGAAGAUGAAGUUCGGAACCGCUGGCGGAACAUGUCUCGCAGUGCGAAAGAGAAAUUCACAAACCAUCGCCUGGUGCGACAGAAGACUGGAGGAGGGCCUCCCCCAGCUGCGUUGAGCGUAGCUGAGGAGCAGAUAGUUGAUGCCAUGCAGGACACGGCAGCUUACAUUGGAGUCCCUGGUGGACAGGAGUCUGCUGUUACACAGCUUGAUGGUAUGUUUAUAAAUAUUUAA